CAUAUUCUAUUUUGUAAAAUAAAAUUUUCUUAUUUUUGUUUGUGUAUAAUAAAACAAAAAUUUAUUAGAUAUUAAUUAAAAAAUAAAAAUUAAUUGCAAAAUCUACAUUUACGUGUAAUUGAAAUUAAAUUAAUGGAAAAUACAAAGUAUCAACGAAAGAUCGGUUUCAUUGCACGAGUGAACAUAUUCGGUGGAAUUUUUAUUUUAAACUACUGUGAAAUGUAAAAUUCGUAUUCCUUCAAGAUGACGAUGAUAAUGAGGAUAAAAAAAAUAAGAUCUUAAUAAGGAUAAAAAAUAGAAACGAGAAUGAUUAGAAAAGAAAUUGGUAAACAAUUAAAAGCAAUUCGAUCAGAAAUUUAAUUUUCUAAAGUUCAUUAUCAUAAAAAGAAAGUAACAAUGAGUAAAGAGGAGAGUAGUGAUGGUGGUCCUCAAGAGGCUGGUGGAGGAAAUAAAUCUCCGGGAAAGAAUGAAAAUGCGGAUAUUUUUGAAAAUCGAGGUAGCAAGAAAAUAAUACGUUUAUUCACUGUAAUGGCUUACAUGUUCUCAGUAAGUUUCGUAGCCAUUGCCUUAAGUGCAUAUUAUUUAAUUCUUUGGAAACCUCCAGAUCCAAGGCUUCUACAUAAACCGAUUCAAUUUUUAUCCGAACCCGAAAUGCAAUUCUUAUUAAGCGAUCGAAUAAUUUUAGAAAACGAAUCUGCAAAAGAAUCUAACGACAAACAUUCGCUUUCCGGUCGUACCGGCAAAAAAAAUCUUUUCCAUAAUUACGAUUACAUGAAAACGCCUGAUGAAAAAUUGAACGAAUCUUUGAUCCUAUUGAGAAACUCUUUAAUUGAAUCUUUACAAAAUAGAAUCAAUGAUUCGAAUUCUUUUGCUCGAGAAAACUGGACGAGUUCUAAUUUCUUUAAUUACAGUUCGUUUGAAAAAGAAAAUACGUCAAACUUGACGAAAAAAUCAAGCGAAAAAGAUGCAAGACAUUCCUCUAAAAUUAUGAAUCGUAUAUUUAGUAAUAAUGGUACAUCCCAGACAUUGGAAUCUCCGACUAUUCCUGGAGAUGAAGCGAAACGCGAUCAUUUUACAACUGUUAGAAAUUACUCCUUGUAUCUUGAAUCAUCUCGAGAUAAUUUUCCAUUGAACGAUUUGACGAAAAAAACUGCUGAAAAUCAAAAACAAUACAAAAAAAAUAUUCCAUCUAAUUUUAUAAGAAGAAUGGAAACAUUUGAUAAAAAAAAAGAAAAAGACAAAAUGACUCGAUAUUUAAGAGAUAAUUCAUUCGAUGAAGGAUUUGUAACGGAUAAAAAAAAUCGUGAUAUUCAAGAAAAUAAAGAAAAUCUUGAAUAUAAUGUGAAACCUGCGAUCAAUUUGAACAGACUGGAAAGAAUCAGUACAGAUUCUUCCAAUUUCGAAUUUGCAAAUCGUCUACAAUACGAGCGAUCAUUAAUGAAAUUAGCAGAUUUCGCGUUAAAAUUCAAAGAAACGCAGGUAGAAAAAAUGACAAAAUCAAUGACAAUUGCGAAUGAACAAAUUUCUUCAUCGGAAAUUAUGAGUACUCCUCAACAACAAAAGGAUUUGUUAACUAUUUUAACAGAAAUUGCUGAAACGUCAUCGACUAGUACUCCGUUAACAAUAUCUGAAGAUUUACAAACUAAUUUAAGUACAGAAACCAAAGAAAUAUCUACAAAAAUAUAUUCUAAUUAAUUUGCUAGAAUAAUAUUAAAAACUUUUAACAAAAAAAAAAAGAAAAAAAAUAAUCAAAUUUUAUUAUCAGAAUCUUAGAUUUUAUUAUGAUACAACUUUAAUAAUUUUGAUUAAAAUGAUUUAAAUUAGUUUUUAAAUCUAUAUAAUUUUUUAACUUUUGCAAAAAUAAAUUUUUAAAUUGAAUUAUAAUUAUUUAUUGAAAUAAUUUUGUUACUGCAAAAUUGAAUAAUUGGAUGAUAAAAUUUUAAAAAAGUGAAAAAAAUCAUUUUGUAUUUUUUCUUUAAUUUAUUUUUAAAUUAUAUACUAGUAAAAAAUUAAAUAAAAUAGUAGAAGUUAAAUAAAAUAUUUUUCAUUAUUAAUAAUAUAAAUUGCAAUACUAAAUUUUUAUAUAUUUAAUAACAUCAAGAAUGAUAAUAUACAAUUGACAUUAAAAUAAUUACAUAAAGUUGUAUAAAAUAUUUAAAAUACAUUUUUAUUCCUUAUUCACCAGUCAUAAUCAUAUGAAUAGAUUUUUCUGAGCUAAGCAUUUGAUUGGCUCUUUGACUACCCACAAUUGCAGAUAAUUGCAUAAUAUCAUAUUUACAAUAUAAAACAGUAACUGUCAUGUUACUUUCAGACCCUGAACGUGGAUUUUGAUUAGCUUCUUGCAUUAAAUUACACAUUUCUGUGUAAAAUUGAGGAAAAAUUGGUGGUGCGUAAAAUAUAAUAUGUCUUAUACCUUUCACUCUUAUUCUACGAAAAAAAUGAAAUCGUUCUGAAUAUAGAAGAAAAUGUGCAUCACUGUGAAAGAACAUAUCUCUUGCUCUUGCCACUUUUGCAUCUUUAGAAUAUUCACAAAUUUGUACAAAACUAUAUUCUUCUUUUUUAAAAUAAUUACGUAAUUUUACAAAAUCAAAGUAAGAUGGUAUAAAAAUCAGUGAAUGAUUCAUAAUUCUAUCCUUAUACUGAGGAAGUAUUUUUGUUAUAAGAAUUCCAUUCUAUAUUCUAAGGCAUGAGAAUGACUUGAAGUUUCAAAUUUGUGAAAUACUUGUGGAAUCUGCAAAGCUAUUUGACAAAUAGAUCCAGAAGAAAUAGGAUUUAUUACUUUUAUUUUUCCUGCAUAAUUAUAACAUUUCUUAUUAAAUAUUCCAUAAAUUUCAGGUAUAUGAAUACUUGAAAAUAUUAAUGUCUGUCUGUAGUAUUUAGUCCAUCCAUUUAUACACCAACUUCUUACUCUAGAAAAAUCUGUUCCAUGAGAAUCCUUAGGUUGUAAAUGUAAAUGAUUUAAUACAUGUAUCAUGUGAUCCCAAUUUUGCAUUAAAAAUAAUUCUGCUUGAUCAAGAA